UGUGUGCAAUCCACAGUGAGAGGCUGGAUCAGGCAGAGCUGCUGAGAGAGGAUAGGGCACAGCAACAGAAAGAAAAGGGCUGUAAGUUAUUAGGGGGAGCGAAAGACUUUAUGCAGAUGUUAAGUUGUUCAUGACUAUCCACUGAGGAGUGAUGUCACAGCUUCACUGCGCAGCACAAUAACAAGAGCAGAGAACGGGUAAAGCGAAACACAGGUGACCCUGAACAGCAGCAACAAAGCUCAGCUCAAGAGAUGGGGAUAAUGCACAAACUUCUGUUAUGCCAACUGGUUAUUCUGCACAGUCCGUGUGCUUAUUUAUACUCAGUGCCUGCAAGUCAGGAAAAUCCACAGAGUGUGGUGGUAUCAGUAUCUAACAUCAGUGCACCAAUUGGGUCCCAGGCUCAUCUAAUCUGCCAAAGUUACCGCAUGGUGUGGACACAGGACAACCUACUGGAUAGACAGCGAGUUGCACAUUGGGACCUAUAUAGCAGCCAUGGGGUCUACCGCGGGGAGCGUCUACUGGACAAGUUUUCUGCUGGGGACCAGCGUAUUUAUAAUGGAUACAACCAGGGCCGGAUCCUGGUGUCACAAUCUGCUUUCCAAGAUGGCAAUUUUUCUUUAGUGAUAAAAGGUGUGCUGGCGAGUGAUCAAGGACUGUAUUCCUGUAAUCUUCAUCAUCAUUACUGCCACCUGGAUGAGACCGUCAAAGUUCAGCUGAACACCACCAAGUCAGAGCGCAGGGUAAAGAUGUACUGGGAUGGAGAAAAGGUCGUUGUUGUGGCUUUAGUUGGUUCCACUGUUGUUCUACCCUGUGAGAACUGGAACCACAUAUGGACAGACCGCCAUCGUGAAGAAGACCAACAAGUGGUGCACUGGGAUCGCCAAGCCCCAGGGAUCCCUCAUGACAGAGCUGACCGCUUGGUUGACAUGUAUGCAUCAGGGGAGCAGCGGUCUUAUGGUCCCCUCUUUAUCAGGAGGAAGAUGAAUAUCACAGAUUCAUCUUUUGAACAUGGAGAUUUCUCACUUCUAAUAUCAGGCUUAACAAAAGGAGAUGAGGGAAUCUAUUCGUGUCAUCUACACCAUCAUUACUGUGGGCUCCAUGAACGCAGGAUUUAUCAUCUGACAGUCUAUGAUCCACCCAAGGAGCCUCCCAAAAAAGAAGAACCCAAGAAAACCAACAUGGGUUCAGCACCAGCCAUAGAUUCCACCGUCGUCCGGGAAAACAAAGUGUUUAAUGUUAUAAUUCCGGAAAACAGGCUUCACUUAUUCCAACAACUCGGAUACAUCUUGGCAACUCUGCUGCUGUUCCUUCUCCUCCUCACAGCUGUGAUCCUCAUCACCCGCAAGCAUCGCAGCAAAGGUUAUGGCUACAACCUAAAUAAAUCUCAAGGGAAAGAGGUGAACAUGAAGGAAAUUUGCCUGAGGCCUCCUGAUAUUGUGCAAUACAAAAAGGAGGAUCUUCAAAUCGAAUAUAAAAAUAACAUUCUGAAGGAGCGUGCAUCCAUGGAGAGAACCUUCACUCCAAAGAACAUCGACUUGGACAUUGAGCUUCGCAAGGAGUAUUGUAAAUAGGAUAUAACUUGUGCUGCUGGCUGGCCCAGAAGCUGCAACUUCAAUAAAGAAAAUGAAUUUAAAUGUUCUUCAGCAUCUUCAUUCAGACUGUUUGCUACUUUUGUCUGUGUCUCCUUCACAUGCUGCCGUAUCUUCAGAUCACUCUUCCCAAUAGCAGCAACAUUUUCAGCAGAGAUAAAACAGUAUAUUAAAGACAUUUAAGACGCAUCAGUGGAAUGUAUACAUUGUUCUAUACUAUUUACCUAGUUUUCCGGUAACUUGCAAGAGAUUGAUUUCAUAAUAACUUUUCAGGUACUUUUUUUACCGUAAUGAUAAAGUAGUAAUGGCUUGCUGCAAUAGCUUCCUAUAGAACCAUCUUAUAUAAACAGCAGGCAGUAUAUUAUGUGUAAAACCAAUGGCUUUUUUCCUUUUGGACUUACAGGGGAUGUCCACUGAAACCAAGAAAGUGCUGUGCACACUGGUAUUCGCUCAUUGUGUCUGCCCUCCAUUCUGUUGUUGACAGGAGAGAAUGAUAAAAUAGAGGCUUUUCUAGAGCUCAUUGAUCUUCAUUGUAGUGUACAUGGCGAUCUUAGGAAAGUGUAUAGUGGGGCGAGGGGAUGGGUGAAAAGUAGAGUGUUUUACUUUCUGCCAUCCUAGCCCCAUCAUCUGCCUGGCAUACUUGUAUGAGCUUCUGUAUUUCCUUCAUUCAGCUGAGUAAAUAAUAAUAGAGGGCAGAUAGAAUUAUAGACUGUCUAGGGUAAAUCAGUUUAAGGGUCGAGCAGUUUUGUAGAUACAUGUAAUUGCUGCAUGAGUACAGUUUUAUUAUUAUUUGAGACAUGUUCAGCCCAGCAGUGGUCUGUUGUUACAGAAAUGCAAAGUGAUGCUUCUCAGAAACCAUUUAUCUAACUGACCCUCAGGCUGUCAGGGGUCUAUCAUUCAUAACCAGGCUCAAUUCUGUAACUGCUCGUCACUGAUAGUCUAUGGGAAGUUUACAAAGCAUUGUAACAAAGUAUUUACAAAAUUGCUUGUCUACUCAUAGUAAGUAAAUUGAUCACUAAACAUAAAUGACAAGUUACCUUAAAUAAAGAAAAUAGCUCAUGUUGAAAAUGUAGACAGAACUUGAGAUAUUUGAAAUUAUAAAAUAAACAAUAGGAAACAGCGCUAU